CCGGGGGCCGAACUUUGGCGAGUCUGUGGCACGGGCUCGUCGGCGAAGGGUGUCCCGCGUGAACGCUUGCCGAGGAAAGCGCGGCUCUGGGCCGCUGCCUGUUGUAACGACUGGCGAGGCGCAUACCUCUUCUCUCGACUCGGCCGUGUGCUUUUUGAAGGCAGCGUGCGCGCGCCACGCGCCGAGGCGGGCGCGUGGUCAUGCGUGACUCGCGGUGAAGUGUGUUGCAUUGUUUUCCGUUUAUGUUUUAUUUCUUUUCUUUCUCACUACCCACGUGUUUUACGCGCAGUGUGUGAGUGACCGCUUCGUGGUGUGACUCGACGUUUUUCUUCGUGAGUGCGUGACGAACGGAUUGUGGACCGUGACGCUUACGUUUUCGUUGGUGUUUCGGGCACGACGGUCCGUGCCCGGUGUGACGAUUCGCUGCCCCAACCUGUACAGACCGAUUCCACGGCGGUGAAAGAGAAAAGAAAGCGACGCAGAGUGCAGCGGCUCGCUCUUCUUCCGCCACGGCUGGGCGCGUGGUCACGGGCUGACCGCGGCUCGCGUCGCGGUCGGUGUGAUGGCGUCACGAAGAUGUAACCCACCGUCCUGGGACAUGGUAGGAUAGGAGUGAUCCCACCCGGGUAAAGUUACGCAGCAAGCUGAACAAGGUGCUUCCUGUUGCGGUCCUCUGAGACAGGGGGCGCCGCAUUCCGAUCGAUGUUGGUGACGUCACGAGAGCGUGCUCUGCUGGACCGUGCUAAUCGCGAGACGACGCACGCCAGAUGGCGCCACAACCAUCCCCAGAUAAUCGGCACUGGACCGGGAAGCUAUGAGUAAGGCUGAGGAGUUGCGGAAAGUCUCGCGCAGUAAAGGACCACCCGCGGCUCAAGAGACAAGCAGGAAACGCAGGGCCGAGUGCGACGAGGGCGCCACCGCAGCUGCUGCUGGCGCCAAGCGGAGCGCUGCGCGGCCCUGCGACGAUGAAGCCGCCCUCUCGCGGCUGAAGGCCGAACCACCUCCGGGACCCAACGCUCCCGCCGCAAGCGCCCCUGCAGGGGGCACCGGCGCUAACCUCGUUGCGCCGGCGGCGGCCCAAGCACCACCACCACCACCGCACGCGCCGAGCCCGCCAGUCACCAGGACAGUAACACCACACGACGGCUUAAAUCCUGGUUCCAACGUCGCCUUCUCCUCCACGGUCUGCGCGGACGGAAGUGGCGCCAACGGCGGUGCAACAGCAGGCGGAAGCAGCAACGGAAACGGGAGCAGCGCCGUCGGUCCCUCGAGCAACGUCAGCAGCGCACAGGGGCAGCCACAGCCAGCAGCGGCGGCAUCCGGCGGAGCCACAGCCGAAGACGAGGACGUCCGGCGCAUCUUGGAGGCCGAGGCGGCGCUGCGCAGCCUGACGGGCGGGCUGCUGGCGCAGGCGGAGGACGAGUCCCCGUGCGGCGACGUGCAGCCCAUGUUCGAGAACCUGUUCGACAAGAAGAGCGACAGCAAGGGAUCGCCCAGCGACCAGCAGCACCGGGCCACCAGCGAGUCCGUGGCCAACUCGUGGAAGGACGUGGUCACCCUCAGCGCCUCGUCCUCGUCCAACGGUAGCGUGCCCGGGGGUUCGCCCAUGCGAUCGCCCCUGUCGCCGCCGGACUCGAGCCCCGACCAGCCGGCCGCAUCAACGCCAAGGGUGGCGAGAGAACACGAAGAGUCCAUGGACACGGAAAUGAGCCGAGCCGACAGCAGCACCGGCGACGGCCUGACGCCGCCCAGUGCGUCAUCGGGUCGCCACAGGGACGCUGCCAAGGAUGCCGCCGACGAAGACAGCCACCACGCAGAGCGGGGCGCUAGGGUUCCCACACCCGAAGCCGGACAGAUGGCGUUCGCGUCGUCGACGACAGCGCCACCAUCGCUGUCCUCCUCAUCUUCGUCGUCUUCCUCUUCGUCGUCAACCCACUGUCCGGGCACGCCCGACGUGGCGAGUACCACGGCCACGGUCGGUUCGUCGCAGUCCUCCUGCUCGAGCCCCGCUGCGCCCGGGGCCUUCGGCGCCAUGGCGCCGUCUUCAUCCGUGGCAGCGCCCCCGUACGGCGGCGGCACUCCGGCGGCCGUCGUCAACAGGCCCGACGCGGCGCCCGCCGCGACGACGCUGUCGGCGCGGACUGGCAGCCGGCAGGGCGACGCGUACGACGUCGGCAGCCUGCUCAAGAUCGAGGAGGAGUGUGCCUCCAUACACUCCGUCGUCGAUCAGCCACGGUUUAAGGUGGAGGAAUCCAAUCGCGACGACUGCUGCCACCGAGCGAGCAGCAAUGGCGGCGGCGGCGUAGGAGGUGGCGCGGCGGGAGUCAGCGGCGCCGCUGGAGGGCAUGCGUCGCGCAGUCCCCCUACCGGCGUCGUCGCACCCCGGGGACCUCCUCUGUCGUCGCCGGGACCUCCGCAUAUGUUUGGAGGCGGUGGCGGAAUGCCGCACGUACAGGUGAAGCAGGAGCCCAAGCUGGAGCCGAUGCGCUACUCGGACUGCGCCCUGCAGCAUCGCGAGUUCCCUCCUGCCCCACCAACGGCGGCGGGUGGGGCGUACGCGGGUCCCUUCGGCGCAGCCGCCAUGGCUGAGGUGGCCCCGGAGCCGCCGCCGCCGGCCGCCAGAUACGCCAUCCUCGAGACUAAGCUCAAGCAGGAGUCGCUGAAGCCGCCCAUGGCGGCCUACGGCGAGGACGGCGGAAGCGGAAGCGGAAGCGGCGGCCACCUGGUUCCACUUCCGGACGACGACCACCCGCUGGUGAUCGACGAGAGCCGACUGCGGCUGGACGAGGAGGAAGAGGACGACGACGAGGACUCCAGCUCGCACGCCGCGCUCAUGGACUCGCCGCAGAGGACGCCCGAAGGCACGCUCAAAGACAGCAAAUGCCCUACUCCGGGUUGCAAUGGCACGGGUCACGUGACAGGUUUAUACUCGCACCAUAGAAGCCUGUCUGGGUGCCCAAGAAAGGACAAGAUUACACCCGAAAUUUUGGCACAGCACGAAACAAUACUCAAGUGCCCCACUCCUGGCUGUAAUGGAAGAGGACAUGUGAAUAGCAACAGAAACUCACACAGAAGCCUGUCCGGGUGCCCCAUUGCCGCCAUGGAGAAGCUGGCUCAGAAGGAACAGAAGAAUGUCACCAAACACCCGCCCACCACCUCUAGUCCCGCCCCGUCGGACCGCGUUCUCCGGCCCAUGUGCUACGUGAAACAGCUGGAGCUGCACGAUUACAAGUACCCGGGUUACGUGCCCACCACGACGCCGCGCACGAACCUGGCCAAGGAACUGGAGAAGUACAGCAAGCCGCCGCCUCCGGAGUACGCGCACCACUUCUUCCAGCAGCAGCAGCAGCAGCAACAACAACAGCAACAACAACAACACCAUCAACCGCCGCCACCGCAUCAACAGCCUCCUCAUCAUCAGCAGCCGCCACCACCACACCCGCCACCCCAACAGCCGCAGCAGCAGAUGAGUCCGGUCCCGAACCGGCCCAUCGCGCCCAAGCCCAAGGACCAGAUGACUGUCACGGUCAAGCAGCGCCUCUCACCAUCGCCUCCGCUGGAGCAGCCUCCCGGCGUGGUUGGCAUGGGGACAGCGGCGGUGAACCUGUCCAAGAGGCAAGAGGCCCUCGGGGACCUUCCGCCCGCUCCCCCGUCCGGGGUGAGACACAUACAUCCGGCCCUCGACCUGCCUCUCGUCCCUAGGCACAGUCUGUCCCCGGCGCUGGGUGGCCCCCAGCCGCACCAUCAGGCCGGCGGUCUGUAUCGCGGCGCUGGUCCUCCGCCCGAGGAGCAGACGGAGCCCGUGGACUUCUCGAGGGGCGGGCCGGAAGGGUUCCCCCCGUACCCCCCUGCGUCCCUGCACAGUCCCCCUCCUCCGACCAGGGACCACCUCCAGCCCCUCGCCGGGAGGCCCCCCGCCGGCUCCGACUACGCGGACAAGGACAGUUUACCUGGAUGCGGCCUUCAAGAGCGACCUCCGAUGCAAGGGCCCCAUCAAGAGCUGAACCUGUCCGGAUGUCCACGGAACAACAAGCCCAAGAAGGCCGCCGCCGGACGGGAGGACAAGCCCGACGCCGAGCCGCUGCGGUUGAGCAUGUGCGUACAGUCACCCACGCUCGAUUACCACUCUCCUCCGACCGGCGACAGCUUUUGUUGGAAGGCAGACCGAUCCCAAGGCAAAAGCUGUCCCAUCCCGGGCUGCGAUGGCUCAGGACAUGUGACUGGAAAAUUUCAAUCUCACCGAAGCGCUUCUGGAUGUCCGCUGGCGAACCGGAGCAAGUUGAGGCAUGAAGUUGUUGGUGUCGACGGAAGGCCUAUUAAGACAGAAGGUGCUAGCUGUCCGACCCCCGGGUGCGACGGGAGCGGGCAUGCCAACGGAAGCUUCCUGACCCACCGCAGCCUGUCGGGCUGCCCCCGGGCCACGCAGGCCAUGAAGAAGGCCAAGAUGGCUGCUGACGACCCCAAGCCUCAGCCAGAGCCGGGACCAGUUGUACCUGGAAUGCCAGGAGGGGUUCCUGGCAUGGAUAACGACGCGGACAUCCGAGCGCUGGAGGAGGAGAUCCUGGAGCUGCAGGAGUACAAUGCCAAGGUGGAGUCCGAGAUGAUCCGCCUGCGCACAGACAUCACCCAGAUGGAGCAGCAGAUACGCAUGACCGAGAGGGACAACCAGGCGCUGUCUCAGCGAGCUGGCAGCUUGAACGAGUACUACGACUCGCUGAAGCACAACUUCAUCUCGCUGCUCGACCGCAUCCCCCAGCUGGAGGAGAAGCCCACGCCGGACAACUUCGACUGCUACCUGAGCCGACUGCAGGCGCUCUGCGUGGACAGCACCCACCGGCCGCCAGGGCUCGGGGGACCAAACGGCUCGUCGCCUCCAAACGACAGCAACCGCGCCCUCUUCACAUCAGUGCGCCAGGCGCUGCACGACUUCACCUUGCCCCUACAGCAACCAAGCGGCUGGAUUCGGUCAUGAGGGCGCUGGCCUCUCUCUCCCACAUCUCCCAUUGCUCCGGGGGGCACGCACGCAUAGCGCAGCGCCCCCAGGCGUGACCAUCAUCUUCUUGUUCUUCUUCGUUUUGCCGACAAACACAAAAUGGAGCCAAACAGGGUCAAUUGCAUUCUACGUAGAAGAGGACGACGACGACAGCAGGCUGCCUGUGAAAAAAAAUGUACUGUCGGAAAAGGUUCCCCGCGUCUCCCGCACAGUGGGCCUUCUUUCGCAGCGCUCUCCUUCAUUCGGGUGCCUCGCUGAGCUGACAAGACGAGAAAGAAAACAUGCCACAACAGGCUCAGCAACGCGGCAGACACCCACUGGGAGAGAACACGCACGCACAACCAUCGCACCAUUGAUGGACUCUGUGAAAAAAAAAUGUCACGCAAACAAGCGCACUGUGCUGGGAGCUGCCAAAGCGUUCCCACCACAACCUCUACCCUCUCUCAUUUGUCUGUGGCACUGUUUCGUAAUUUUUUUUUCCCUUUGCGUUGGCUUAGCCGCAGUUGUUGUCCUUCGCGCAUCUUUUGAGUGUUCUUGCGCGUUUGUUGCCAACGAGGCCCGCGUCUCUGCAUUCUGUAUAGUCUUCUUAGAUGAUGUGGUGUCAUUGCUGCUUGCGUGCAUUUGGUGCUGCCUUUCUUUUUUUCUUUGUUUCUGGCCUCACUUUCUCGCUCGUAUCUCAAGUAGUGCUGUGCUUGGAGCAAGAAGUGAGGCGCAUUCAAAAGAAUCGUGGACGCGUAGAUACUUCUUCUUUUCACGCUGUGACAGCACGGGACAGUCGCGUUUCCAGUCGCACUAUAAAUGGCAUGGCACAAAUUGAGCAUUUCUUUUUACUGAAAUGGAAUCGCAGAAAAAUUAACAUGGGGAACGCGCGAUGCAAAUGCGCGACACAUCCGCCAGGUCCCAGCGGCAAGCCCCCUCACACAUCCAACGUUAAGCCGACGCUUCUGCGCAAACAUUUUUCUUUCCGAUGUUGGCUGUAGUGAUAUCCGUUGGUCACUCUCUAUCGUUGCCUCAGCAAAGACUUUUCUUUCUUGUCUCGAGUGUACAUAGGAAUCUUUUGUAAGAUACGUACCCGUAUAAUUUAUGUGGCCGUCUUUUGCGUUGCCCGCGCGGUAUUUUUUUCAGAGAUCUGAAACGUGCUUGUUGUAGGAACAUGUGCUUUAAAGACUGAAUCGAUUGUUGGCUUUGAAAUCUUGCACGUUUGUUCAUCGGCACCGCAGGUUUCAUAACAAAAUUGCGGACGAAAAAUGCGCGACUCUGUUGUACAUAUACAUACUUGUGUUAUAGAUAAAGCUGCAAUGAGAAACGUAUUACAGGGGCUUUCUAGGUUGCAAACUGGCUGACAUCAGCCUUUCUUUUAUGCGAGUGUCGUAAAACAUAGCAAUACAUGUUCACCAGCAUCUAAAAAUUUGCAUAGAACGCCUUUCUUUCUUCUGCUACCACGUUUGCAGAUGACCACAUUGUGAAGCAGGUGCGCGGUAAAAUAAGAAGGGAAAGAAUAAGCGGCUUGUCAAGCAACCGACCGCGGUUAAGUUAGAGAAUUUCGUUACACCCUCCGCCAUCUUGAACAGCACAAACGCACGUUGGCAGGACCUUAUAAUACGUAGCGUGGUGGACUCCACCACUGCAAACACAUGCCCUCGCUAUAGGCUACAUGCUUCCGUGGAGAGAAAAAAAAAUGUGUGCUUAAUAAGCUUCGGGUUUGAACGACGGCAGCAGUCUUGGUGGGAUUGUUAACGUGUGGUGCAAGUUUGCUCGUAGACGUAUGGGAUUGUUAUGUACAGCAUGUAGGAAGCAAGGGGUUUCAAGACGCCGGUGUUCCGUCUCUCACGCUCCUUCGGUGUUGAAUCUGGAAAGUCGCAUUGGAACAGAAAUCUGCGCGGUGUAUUAACGCAUGCCGACAAGGCGCUUGCAUUCUGUACAUACGUAAUUUUUAUGCACUCCCCUUUGUCGAGGCUCGCGGAGCAAACGCACGACUGCAAAAGCAGCAACGGCGAUCUGCCCCUUCCCAUUCCCAUCACACUUCAAAAGAAAGACACAAUUUAUCAGCUUCUUUUCAAGCGCUAGCAAAGCCUAAAAUUUCCCGCACCCAAUGACAGAGAAUAAGCCAGGCCGUUCACAACUUUGUACCCUUCAUUCGCAUACUGCGUAGUUUACUGUGACCAGGAAAAAAAACCUGCAUUCACUGGGUCGAAUGGGAAGAAGCUAGAUCGAUAUUGCGCCGUCUGAUUUCAGGCAUGCCAAGGGCAGUUUAAAACGCAACAAACCUUGUCUUCCUGGAUCAUGCAUGGCCAUCUGAUUCGUCUCUGCGUUUCCGACAAGUAGCACGACAUCGAUAGACUCGUCCGAGUCUUCGGGAACGUGAAGCCGAAUCUUAGUCGCACGGUCUGUCUACAUUGUGUUUGACUCCAAGACCCCUCCCCUCCCCCGCCAGUGGUACACAACCCAGAUGCGUAACCACUGCCGAAGCAAUGUUGAGUUUCGCGACACUGCCCGCUUUGCAUCCUACCCACUUUCGGUUCUCGAUGAAGCUUGAUAGCUUUGACUCUCCUUGCCUGAACGACGUUCCCUGGAUGUGUACGCGGUCAUGGCGCUUUUCUUUUUGUAGAUAUGUAUAACUUAUUGGACGCGCUGUUUCUCGCUUUCUCUCUCUUUCGAUGUCUCUGCCCCGACCCCACCCCAUCCGCCCAGGCCCCGUGUAAAACAUGGGUAGCUGGGGCACUUCCCGGAUCUCUGUCACACACACUCUCUCUCAUUUCGUUUUCAUUUCCUCGCAUUUUCUCACAACAGUGUGUAUACUGUGCCGGACAGCGACACCAACAUUGUGUACCGAGUCUCAAGCGUGUCAGUAAAAACCCUAUUAUUGUGAAGCCA